CUUGCAUUCCAUUAGCCUUACAGACUUCUAAGGGUUGUUUUACGGUUUGCAGAAUUUCCUGAAACAGAAUAGAGACAACUAUGUGCAACGGAUGGUGUGUGUGCCAAGUAACAGAAGUGCAUGUAAUAUUUCUGUAAUUAUUCAGAGUAUAAAUAUCCAAGAAAUGAUCAGUAGAUGUUUGCUGUUAUCCUUACUUUUAACACACCAGGAACUUAACAGGGCUGUAAAUGAUUAUCAUUUUUUAAUAUUUUUAUAGAAUCUUUAUUUUUACAGUAUGUGUACUUUCAGUAUAUUUACAGUGGACAUACCCAAGUUACUGAGGUAACUACAUGUACUUAAAAUUGGUUAAGGUUUGGGUUGGGGUUAGUACCUAGUAAUUACUGUUGUUGUUGUAAUUAUAUAGUAAGUAAAUGUAGAACAGUACUGUAAAAUAAAGUGCUACCGAAUCUUCUCUCAGCCCAGGUAAUGAGUCGAUCAUUGCAAGUAACAAUACUUCCUGUUAUUCCACAGUGAAACCUGCUGACUGUGUCAUUGACAAAAUGGCAGAAUCAUCCUCUGAUGAUCAAAAUCCUUUCAACUGUCCGAUCUGUCUUCAUCUUCUAAAGGACCCAGUAACUACAAUUUGUGGGCACAGUUACUGUAUGAAAUGUAUUGAAGAGUACUGGGAUCGGGAUAGUCAGAAGGGAGUUUACAGCUGCCCUCAGUGCAGACAGACGUUCACUCCAAGACCAGCUCUCAGCAGAAGCACUGUGCUGGCUGAAGUUGUAGAGAGAAUGAAGAGGGCAGAACCAGAAUCUGUAAAAGCCUCAUCUUUACUGGGUUGUGCUGUGUCAGGGGAUGUGGAGUGUGAUGUCUGCACAGAGACAAAACUAAAAGCCAUCAAGUCUUGUCUUGUGUGUUUGGCUUCUUACUGUGAAACUCACAUCCAAACUCAUUAUACAUCUUCUGCAUUAAAGCGGCACAAACUAGUCAAUGCCUCGCCACACCUACAGGAGCAGAUCUGCUCUCAACACGAUAAACCACUGGAGCUGUACUGCUGCCAAGAUCAGCAGUUGAUAUGCAUGCAAUGUGCUUUAAUUAACCACCAGAAUCAUAGUAUAGCUUCACCUGCAGUACAGAGAAAAGAAAUACAGAGACAGUUGGAAUCAAAUCAGGAUGGCCUACAAGAGGAAAUGCAUCAGCGAGAGAUGAAAAUACAGGAGUUAAGGCAAGCUAUGGAAUCUCAUAAGCGUUCAGCACAGGCUGCAGUGGAGCACAGUGAGAUGAUCUUUACUGAGUUGAUCAGCUCCAUGGAGAAAAGACAAGCUGGUAUCACAGAGAUUAUCAGAGCUCAGGAGAAGAAUGAAGUGAGAAGGGCCGAGGAGCUUAUAAAUACAUUGGAGCAAGAGAUCAGUGACCUGAAGAAGAGAAACAAUGCACUGGGGCAGCUUUCCCACAUCGAGGAUGAUGUCUAUUUCAUUCAGAAUUUCUCUUCUCUUUCUCGCUACCAAUGUUCAAACGUGUGCAGCAUCUCUGUCAAUCAACAUCUGAUGUUUGAGGAAAUACAAACAAUUGUCUCUGAGCUGAAAAGUCAACUGGACGAUCUCUGUGAUGAAGACACUGUCAGGAUAUCAGAGAAAGUUCCUGCUGUCCAUAUAAUGGUGAACAAUGAAAAGAUCACAGAAUAUUUGCCAUCUCAGCCCAAGACCAGAGAAGAGUUCCUUAUAUAUUCCACUGAUUUGAAUCUGAAUCAGUCAUCAGCCAGUAACCAUCUCUCUAUACAAAACAACAAGUCUGUGUCAAGGUGUGAUUCUCUACAAAACACUGGCCUUGGUUCUCAUGUAAAUAGGGGGCUUUAUGUCAACCGCAUCGGUUUGAACAGAAUGGUUACAUAUCAGGUGUUGUGUAAUGAGAGUCUAUCUGGACGCUGUUAUUUUGAAGUUCAGUAUGGAGGAACAGGUUGCUCUAUUGCAUUCUCAUAUGACCAGAUUCAACAAGGAGGAACUUUUACCUUUGGAUGCAACAACAGAUCCUGGAAAUUUGACUUUCCAAAGGCUAAUCCUUGUGUAUGGCAGGAUAACCAAAAGACAAACAUUUCCCUAAUCUCUAAAAUUGGAGUGUUUCUGGAUCAAAAGGCGGGAAUUGUGUCCUUUUACAAUGUCUCUGAAAAUAUGACCCUCCUUCACAGAUUCCAAACCACAUUCACUGGGCCCCUCUAUCCUGGGUUUUCGCUUCAGGAGUGGGGAAAUUACUCAUCAGUGGCAAUUUGUGAUUUACCAUUUACAAACCAAACUGAGAAGAUCUAAUCUUUACUCACAGUGAUAGUUAGUGAAUGGACACUAAAAAAGUAAAAGUAAUGUAAUAACUGAAAAGGCACUUAACCCUACAUUGCUACAGUAAACUUUAUGAUCCAUUAUAUAUACUGUACAUAUACUUGUGUGCAAUAUUUUUAAAGCAUAAUCCUUAAUUGUGUUAAUAGAACAAUUGUGUUAAUAAUGACCUUCAGAAUAGGUUAAUUCAUGCCAUUAUUAUUAUUAUUAUUAUUAUUUUAUUUAUUUCGUUUUCAAAAUAGUGGUAUAUGUUAUUUUUUGGUUGGUUGUUUUGUUUUGUUGUCCAUAUACUUAUGUGUGAAAUCCACUAAUCCUCUCUUUUUUAUUUAAUUGACUAAUUUUGAUAAUUUAUUCGAGGAAUAGCAACCACUUUCUUGUCUAUAAUUUUGUGUGCACUUUGGUGAUUGUAUGAGGUCUGUCUGUUCUGCCUGUUUUAAAGAGAUCCAUGAGGUUGCUAACCAUUUCACAUGCUAUGUCUGCUUCAAUAGAUUUGGCAGUUUACCUGCUGAUUGUGCUAAAGGUUGUUUAUCUUUGACUGACCAAUUCCUUUUAAAAAUAGUGGAUUCAGGUUGAACUUCCAUGGCAGACAGAAUGCAAAUAUUGUAAAAAUUAACUACUAUUUGUUCAAACUGAUAAUUUUGUUUAAUCAUACCUACAGCAAAACUUUUUAUUACUUUAUUACUGAAAUUAACCAUUCUUGGAACUGACUAGAUUGAUGUCUGGCUUGGUUUUGCAGAGUACAUUUUACAUUUAUUCAUUUUGCUGACACUUUUAUCCAAAGUGACUUACAAAUGAGGAAUGCUACAACAUUGUGAUUAAUCAAAAGGAAACAAUAAUGAUUAGAAGUAAAUGUGGUAUUAGAAAGCUCACUGCUUGUGGUGGCAGGUGCCGCCUGACCUUUUACCCCCUCUUGCAUUACGUCUGUAUUGUUCUCUAUGUCAAAAGACACAGAUGCCACACUUGUGUGUAUAUAGAAGAGGCCAGAGAUUAAGAAUGUUAGACUUACUGAGGUGACCAUCAGUUGGAGGUUCAACAAUAAAUGCUUGAUAGAGACACUUAAACCUGCAUUCUUCUA